CUUUGCUCGCCGCUUCACUUUUCAUUUCGCACAAUCAUGGCAGACCACAACGACGACGACCUCGUCGCCGAUCUCCUCAAAACCCGCCCCGUGCUGAACAAUGGCGCAGACUGCGUGAUUGUCGUCGACAACGUUCCCAAGGUCGACGCCGCCAAGCUCGACAAGCUCAUGCUCGUCCUCAAGAAGGUCUUUGCUGGCUUUGGCGAGCUCCAGGAGAACGGCAUCCACAUGCCCCGGGAUGCCGCCACUGGCAUGACCAAAGGAUUCGCCUUCCUCGAAUUCAAGACAGCCCCGCAGGCUCAGCAGGCCGCCAAGAAGCUGCAGGGAUACCGCCUGGACAAGAUGCACGAGUUUGAGACGUGCACGCUUGCCGAUUUUGAGCGCUACGAGAAGGUUUCGGACAGCUACCAGCCCCCGAAGCCCGAGGACUACUCUGAGCGCGAAAACCUUCGCUCGUGGCUCCAGCACGAGCGCAGCGUCGAUCAGUUUGUGCUGCGUUAUGGCCCCAAGUCGAACGUGCUGACUGAUAUUUGCUGGAACGGCCAUGACGAGGCUGAGCGCAUUCACACGCGCCCCAACUGGUCUGACUCGAGUGUGCUUUGGUCGCCGCGCGGCACCUAUCUCGCCACCUUCCACAAGCAAGGCAUUGCUCUUUGGGGUGGCUCUGCCUUUGGCAAGAUUGUCCGCUUCAACCACCCUGGCGUCAAGCUGGUCGACUUUAGCCCCAAGGAAGACUUUCUGGUCACCUGGAGCAACGAGGCGUCGGACGACCCGGCCGAUCCCCAGAGCCUGAUUGUCUGGGACGUUCGCACUGGCAACAAGCUGCGUGGCUUUGCCAGCGGCCCCAAGGCAUCAUGGCCCGCAUUCCGCUGGUCGCACGAUGACGCGUUCUUUGCCCGUAUUUUUGACGACGCCCUCUCCAUCUACGAAACGCCCUCGAUGCGUCUGUUGGACAAGAAGAGCAUCAAGGUUGCUGGUCUCAAGGACUUUGCGUGGUCGCCCACGGACAAUAUUCUCUCGUACUGGGUUGCCGAGUCGGGCAACAACCCUGCGCGCGUCGUCCUGCUCGCCGUGCCCUCACGAGAGGAACGCUCUGUCAAAAAUCUGUUUAACGUCAACGAUUGCAAGCUCUACUGGCAAGCCAGCGGCGACCAUCUCGCAGUCAAGGUUGAACGCACCACCAAGACCAAAAAGUCAACGUACACCAACUUUGAGAUUUUCCGAAUGCGCGAGAAGGGCAUUCCUGUGGAUGUUCUUGAGAUUAAAGAUACAAUUCUUGCUUUCGCUUGGGAGCCUGUUGGCACAAAGUUUGCUCUCAUUCACGGUGAGGGUGUCAAGACCGCCGUGUCGUUCUAUAACACGGACGAUGCUGCUUCUGGCGGCAAAAUUUCCCUGGUCAAGACGUUGGAAAAGAAGCAAGUCAACCAAAUCUUCUGGUCCCCUCGUGGCCAGCAUGUCGUGUUGGCGGCCCUCCGCACCAACUCAAACAAUGUGCUCGAAUUCUGGGACACGAAGGACAUGGUUUGCACUGCCGUUGGUGAGCACUUGAUGGCCACCGACCUCGAGUGGGAUCCCACUGGUCGAUAUGUUGCCACCUAUGUCUCCAACUGGCUUCAAUCGCUCGAAAACGGCUAUGCUCUCUGGACAGUCACUGGCCGCAACCUGUAUCGCCGAAACCUCGAAGCGUUGACACAAUUCCUGUGGCGACCACGUCCUCCGGCAUUGUUGACGAACGAGCAGCUGAAGGCCGUCAAGAAGAAGCUGAAGGAUCUUUCGGCAAAGUUCGACCGCCAAGACACGCUUGCAGCAAACAAGGCCUCCAAGGAGGUCAUCGAGCGGCGGCGCGCAUUGGUCGCGCAAUACGAGGCCUAUCGAAAGGCCAAGAAGGCUGUCUUCGACGCUACUGCCCAGGCACGUGCCCAGUUGCGUCCUCAAGCGCAAGAACAGCUUGAGGAGACUGAGCAGAUCGUUGAAGUUUUCAUCAGCGAGACGGUUGAGCCUGUGAACUAACUUUCCCCCCGGUUUCGCGCUCCACUCGUUGUGUGCAUUUCCUGAUCGUUCUUGUCACAUACACAUUCCCUUUUUUUCGCUCUGUGCAAUUGCGGUUUUGACGCGUAUGAAUCAGUCUUUUGUUUUUGUUUUGCA